AUUUAGGUUGGGGGGCGGAGUUAGUAUUGAUUUGAGAAUCUGUAGUAGCCGAGUAGCCGGCCUGUUUGUUUACGUGUGUGCGUGUCCUUGUGUAGUGUUAGAGAUGGCUACAGAGAGCAGCAGCAGUGAGGAGUAUUUGAGUGCUGACGAGGGCAAUGAGGAGAAGUCACCAGAUAAAAGCAUGAGAUUACUAGAGGACCAGUUGCUUUCUGUUGAGCCCAGGAAAGAUGGCCCCAUAUCCGAUCCUACACCUUCCCAGCUGUCACCGGACCCUGGCCCUCCUGAGGAGACCUCACAUCACGUGGAGGCUGCACAUAACCUACAAUCUGUGGUACUAUCAGAGGAAGAGAAAGCUCCUGUACCUCCACCACGGACCAAGCGGAAGAAACGACAGAUGAACAAGCCACCCUCCAUGGAGAACCUUCUCAUUGAGGCAGAGCCCCUCCCACUAAAGCAACGCUCAAGGACUGUGUGCAGCUCUGACCUCACGUUCCAUCGAGCCCUUUCUCCACCCACUCACACUGGCACUGGCACAGCCGACAGCCCCACAGAAGUGAGGAAGAAAUCAGACACUGAUAUCGAACAAGAGAGCCAAUCCUCUUCAGUGGAGACCAUAGAAGUGCAAGAUCAUGUGACCCGCUCAUCAAGAAGUGCCACACCCACUCCUGCUAUCUGCAUAGAGCCGGACGCCCUUGACAUCAAUUUGACGGCUACUAUUUUGAACUUUGAUGAGAAUGAGAUUGUUACAAGUGACACGGCUGUUGCCAAGGCACGUAGCUCUGGUGGUGAUCAGGUGGUGAUAAGCUACUCUGAUGUGGACAGUAACAAUGGUCUUGACGACGUGUCACCUGACAAUAUAGAGGCAGCUCUGAGCAGUGAGGGGGCGACAGCUGAAGGUGCCACUGGGAACGCUAAUGACAGUGAGAUCCUGGAGUCCAUCACCAUCAAGAACCUUGACACAGGUGAGGUAAUGCCACUGAGUGCGGCUGAGGACAGGAUCCCCCGGGGCAACCAGUGGAACCCUCUCUCAGAGCACCUCAUCAGACGAUCAAAUGAGGAUCGACGUGCACCGAGCUCUGAGGAUAUCAGUGGAGACGAGUCUCAGCACAGGAGAAGACCAAGGAUUAAGAGAACGCUGAGGAAACUAACAAAAUCACUGGCUAUGAAGAUGCGUGAGAGACAAGCCGAGGAGAGUGCUAUGCCUCCGUUUGACCUGUCCCGCUCUCCAGAGGACCAACUCACUGUCAAGUACAAGCAAUCGUCCCACAAGCAAGGCAGUCAAGAGUUUGACCGCAUCAGGCUCAGGCAGGACCUCACUGGAAUACACCUGGGAGCCGUGUGGGUGAUGGAGUUCUCUGUGUGUGGGCGGUUACUGGCCACAGCCGGACAAGACAGUGUAGUGAGAGUGUGGGUGCUGCGGACGGCCUACCUGUUCUUCCAUGAGCUGCAGGCACAGUACCAACGACUAGGAGUGCACUCAUCAGUUGACAGCCUCAGUGAGAAGGCUAGCGUGGCCAGUAGCAGUAGCAAGAGCUCAGAGGAGGAUGAUGCGACUCUGUUGCAACAGCCGUUCCGUGAGACUCCCCUGUGUAUGUACUAUGGGCACACAGCUGACGUGCUGGACCUCACCUGGUCAAAGAAUUUCUUCCUGCUCUCAAGUUCAAUGGACAAGACUGUAAGGUUGUGGCACAUUUCAAGAAAGGAAUGUCUCUGUUGUUUCCAGCACGUGGACUUUGUCACAGCCAUUGCGUUCCAUCCAAGAGAUGAUCGAUAUUUCCUCAGUGGUUCUCUGGACGGCAAACUGCGAUUAUGGAACAUUCCUGACAAGAGAGUAGCCCUGUGGAAUGAAAUUGAGGGUAUUGGUGAGUCAUGUGACAUUGUGUUUCGACCUGAGAUAUCAUGUGAUCCACUCCUCUCAGGCUCACACCUCAUCACUGCUGCUAACUUCUGUAUGAAUGGAAAGAUGGCAGUGGUGGGGACGUACGAUGGACGUUGCAUCUUCUACGAAACUGAGCACCUCAAGUACCACACCCAGAUCCACGUUCGCUCACGUCACGGCAAAAACAGAGGCCGGAAAAUCAGCGGAAUUGAGCCGCUACCUGGAGAGGACAAGUUACUAGUAACAACCAAUGAUUCUCGGAUCAGGCUGUACAACCUCAAAGACCACACUCUCUCUUGCAAGUACAAGGGUUGCAUCAACACCAGCAGUCAGAUCAAGGCCACCUUCAGUCGAGAUGGCCAGUAUAUCAUCAGUGGCUCAGAGGACAACUUUGUGUACGUGUGGAAGACCCACCUUGACUUCACUAAGCUCACUUCUGUUAGGAGGGACAAGAAUGAAUAUUACGAGUGCUUCUCAACCCAUUCUGCCCCGGUGACAUCAGCAGUGUUUGCUCCAGUACCAGGUAUCUCUGUGGAUCAGGGGAUCAACGAAGUGGGUCACAUGAUAGUGGCAGCGGACUAUCAGGGCUGUAUCAAGAUUUAUGUCAGUGGAGAGAAACUCUGAUCAUAAAACCAUUAUAGAGUUUUAUUAUAAUCAACGAAGUUCUGUUAUGUGUUUUAGCUCAGUUCAUCAAAUUUUAUUAUUAUUAUUAUUAUUAUUAUUAUUAUUAUUAUUAUUAU